AUGGAUUUCGUGCAAAAUCUUGAUCCGUCGAAGCUCGUACUCGUUGAGACGGCACUGUCCUUUUUGAUCAGUCCCUUCGCGUCGGCGCCAUACAACUUGCCCAUCUUCUUGUUCGGUACAUACGCCCAAGAGAAUGCCGAGGCUGCUCAGUCCCUACGCACAUUCCUCGGCCUGGUGGGGGGAUCCGCGCUUUUCGACAUCAUUUGGAUGACCCGCACCAGUCAAAGUUUCCUGAUCAAGACUGUACAGAUCAUUGUAUUGGUUCUCAAGUUUCCUCUGUUUCUGACUUUUGCCAGUGCUUUGCGCCAACGAGGA